AUGCGCACUCGAUCUUGCCCUUGGUCUCUUAGCAGUCGCGAAGAGUGGGUCUGGUGCGUGCCCGAUCUUCCCUUACCAUCACCGCCGCCAUCGUCAUCAACAGGAGUGUCAGAUGAUGCAUCGGGCGCGGGCCUUUUUGCGCCCCGAGCACCGCCUGGUCUGCCUACUAAGGAGGAGCAGAUGGAGUUCAUGGGUUCGGUUGAUUUAGGGCCGGCUGAUGAUGCAUCAGAGUCGAGGGGGAGUCACUUUCCCGUCAAGUUCGCCUCAAUGACCAACAACGUUCAGCAGCAAGGUGCUGGUGCUGGCAGCCUUUCUAACAAACUUGGGUCAAUUCCUUGGGCUCGCAGUGACCCCUAG